UGUCAGUUAGACGUCAUUACAAGGUUAAAGCAAAUUCAUUCUUAUUUGAACGCAUUAGAAUUUUAAUUACGGUAUUGAAUUUCUGUAACAUUGUUUACAUUUUGACAGUCAAAAGUUUGGUUAUAAUCGUAAAAGUGCUAGAAUUCGUUACUGAAAUUAUCGUUUUCUAACGUGAAUAAAUUGAAUAAUGUAUUUAUUACAAUACUGUAGUGCAAUGUUAACAUAUGAAUUGCUUUAAUAAAUUAUUUUUACCGUGUAGAUUAGUUGUAACCGGUGCUAAUAGAUUCGUUUGCUCAUCCGUUACAUUUCUUCAGAGUUCAAAGCAUAGAAGCCGUUUAUUUCCUAGUAUAGACACUUUACAAGUAAGAACCAUGGCUCAGAAGAGUAUUACGUCGUUCUUUAAAAUCACACCGAAGAAAGACGCGGACAUUCAAAAGGAACAAGCUGAAAAUGACACAUCUCUUGAAGACGCUGAAAUGAAAGAACCAUCGCCAGUCCAAAAUGGCAAGGCUAAGCGGUCUUCGAAAAGGCAGAGGCUGGACAGCAGCAGCAGUGAGUCUCAGUCUCCGAAGAAGGAGAGUCCACCAACAUCUGUUACGAAAAAGAAGGUCAAAAGACAACGAAUAGAGAGCUCAGAAAGUGAAUCUGAACCUAUUAAAUCACCUGAAAAAUCACCUGACAAAUCACCUGACAAAUCACCUGACAAAUCACCCGGGAAAUCACCUGAGAAAUCACCAUCGAAGUCAACGGAAACUUCCCCAGUGCAGUCCCCAGUGAAGGAGAUAAAAAUAGAGAAGAGUGAGAAUGUGAAGACUUACCAAUCCCCGAAGAGUAAGAAGGCUAAAGGGAAGAAGGAGGGCAAAAGUGAAAACAUUGCCAAAAAGGUGAUAAAAAAAGAAAAAUCACCACCACCUAAGAGUCAAUCAAUAAAGAAAGAGAAGUCUCCGCUUAAAGAGAAUGGAAAAAACAAGACUCCAGAGAAAAAGACCAAAGAGGUCAAGAAGGAAGCUAGCGUUAAGAAGGAAAAAGAAAGUGGACUGGUUCCAGAAACCGAAUACGACCCCACAAAGUCGAAAUACCACCCGAUCAACGACGCCUGUUGGGCGCCGAAGCAACCAGUCCCAUACUUAGCCCUGGCCAAGACACUUGAAGCCAUUGAGGCCAUUUCAGCACGACUCAAGAUUGUAGAGAUUCUGAGUAACUAUUUUAGGUCCGUGACAGUGUUAACUCCGGAGGACUUACUUCCUAGUGUGUAUCUGUGUCUGAACCAGAUCGCGCCGGCGUAUCAUAGCCUGGAGCUUGGCAUAGCAGAAACCUACCUCAUGAAAGCCAUCGGCCAGUCCACCGGCCGUACUCUAGCCCAGAUGAAGGCAGCGGCUCAAAAGACUGGAGACCUCGGCGCCGUGGCAGAACAAGCCAGGUCUACACAGAGAACCAUGUUCACACCGCCACCUUUGAAGACGAGAGCUGUGUUCAAUGCUCUUAAAGAGAUCGCUGGAAUGACUGGACAAGCAUCAGUGAAUAAGAAAAUAGGCAAAAUCCAGUCGCUGUACGUCGCCUGCCGCUUUUCAGAGUCCCGAUACUUAAUACGAUCUUUAGAAGGAAAGCUCCGCAUUGGUCUGGCUGAACAGUCAGUGCUACAAGCGCUCGCACAAGCUGCUGCCACGUCGCCACCUGGGUCUGAUGUCCUCGACGCGAGCCAGGGACUGUCGGCCGCGGAGUUCAAGGCUAUAGUCGACGAACAGGCCCUCAUAAUCAAAACCACGUACUGCGAGUGCCCGAACUACGAAAUGAUCAUCCCAGUUCUACUAGAACACGGGGUAAAGGCGCUUCCACAACACUGCAAGCUGACGCCGGGUAUACCGCUCAAACCUAUGUUAGCACACCCUACUAAGGGCGUCCAUGAGGUGCUUAAUCGAUUCGAAGGCACGCGGUUCACCUGCGAGUACAAAUAUGACGGCGAGCGCGCUCAGAUCCAUGUGCCGACGACUGUCACUGAAGGGGAAGAGGUCGCAGACCUUACUAAAGCGUCUAUCUUCAGUAGGAACCAGGAGAAUAAUACUACGAAAUACCCAGACAUCCUACAGCGGCUACCUUCACUCCUUAAGGCGGAGGUGUCCAGCUGCGUGUUAGAUUGCGAGGCCGUCGCGUACGACACAGUCAACAAGCAGAUUCUACCCUUCCAAAUCCUUUCCACCCGUAAACGCAAGGACGCCUCAGCAGCCGACAUCAAAGUGCAAGUGUGUGUGUUUGUGUUCGACCUGCUCUAUCUGAACGGGCGCGCUCUGGUCAGAGAGCCACUGGAAGAGAGGAGGAAAUUGCUGAGAGAUAACUUUAAAGAGGUCGAAGGUGAAUGGCAAUUCGCAACAGCCAAAGACUGCAGUUCCAUGGACGAAGUGCAGCAGUUCCUGGACGACGCGGUGAAAGGCAGCUGCGAGGGGCUCAUGGUGAAGACCCUGGAGGGAGAACACGCCAGAUACGACAUCGCCAGGAGAAGCCACAACUGGCUCAAGCUAAAGAAAGACUACCUAGAAGGCGUAGGCGAUACCAUCGACGUGGUGGUAAUAGGCGGCUACCACGGUCGCGGCAAGCGGCGCGGCGUCUACGGAGGCUUCCUACUGGCCUGCUACGACAACAGCAGCGAGGAAUACCAGGCGCUGUGCAAGAUCGGCACUGGCUUCUCUGAUGAGGAUCUCCAGACGCUUACUAAGACGCUGGAGGAACAUGUUAUUGAGGCGCCGAGGAAUUAUUAUAGAUACGAUCCCUCUCACGCUGCGGACGCUUGGUUCGCCCCCGCGUGCGUGUGGGAGGUGCGCUGCGCCGACCUGUCCCUGUCGCCCGCGCACCGCGCCGCCGUGGGGCUCGUCGACCCGGAGAGGGGCGUGUCGUUGCGUUUCCCCAGAUUUAUCCGUGUACGCGACGACAAGACACCUGAGCAGGCCACGUCGGCGCAGCAGAUCGCACAGAUGUACCUCUCGCAAGACCAGGUCAAGAACUCCACCAGCAAACCCGUCAACUUUGACGACUUCUACUAAAUGACGUCAUGUGUAUCUCGUCGCGACAAGACGGAGCAGGCCACGUCGGCGCAGCAGAUCGCACAGAUGUACCUCUCGCAAGACCAGGUCAAGAACUCCACCAGCAAACCUGUCAACUUUGACGACUUCUACUAGAUGACGUCAUGUG